CAACUCUCUGGACUCUCGUCUCCCGCCUUCGCUCUCGCCGAUUGGGUCCCACACCAUUAACAUUCGCUAUUAUUAUCGAAAGGGUUUUCAAACAAAUCAGCACCAAUUUUCACUGUCUCUCACCUUCGACGACUGCCGCUGAACAAACCAGAACAAAAGGAGGCCUUCAAUUUGGUUGGUCGUAUGGGACAACUCGUUGUGGGAAAAAGGAGGCAUCCGAUGAAUGACAAUAGUGGUGGUGAAGCAUACGAGGAGAAAGACAAGUCUCAACGGGCAAUUGGUAAUGGAAUUGUUCACAAAACAAUUGAAUUACAUCCUGGACUAUUUACGGAUGACACGCUAAGUUUGGGUGGUUAUGUGAAAGCAAAAGGGCAAGUGAUUAAUCAAUAUUUUGCUGCAAUGUGUAGAACCCCAAAUAUGACUUGUCGGGUUGAGUCCUUUGGUAGAAUAUGCCAGAAAUUUGAUGAAAGGAGGAAAAGAUGGGUAUGUGAGAUGGGAUUUGGGGGACUACUACAUUUUGCUUCCCAUAUGCACUUACCCCGACAAUUAUUAGCAUACCGGAUUAUGACACCUAUUGAUCCAAUUAAUAGGUGGUUAAUUGGCACAAAUGGUCGUUCAGUUUACUUUUCGAAGAACCAAGUGCAUUGGAUCUUAGGAAUUCCUAAUGGGGAGAAAGCAGUCCCUACAUCCAAGGAUGUGUCUGGGGUCGAUCGGAAGAAAGUGCAAAAAAUAUUACUAAAAUACGGGAGGGCAUGGGAGACGAAAGCUAAUAAACAUUGUUCCAGGACAUAUACUUUACUUCAGUUGGCAUUCCUGUUACUGGAAUGAUGAUGGAUAGAUUGGAGGGACAUUUUGAGCCGGAUGAGGAAGAAGAAUUCAAAACCUUAUUCCUCAUCAUUUCUCUACAAUGAUAUUGUGUCCAACACAGUCACCUAGACUGUCAUCUGAUUUGUUGCCGGCAUUGAGUUGUUGUAUGGAUAGCAAAAACUAUGAUUGGUGUGAAUUGGUUUUAUCAAAAUUCUUAGAUAGUGUCUCUAAUUUUGCGAGAUGGUUUUAUGCAAAUUAAAUGGAUUUGCAGGUGGAAGCGGUGGUUGUUCUAUAUUUGCAGUAAUUUUCUAUCUUGACCGACUGAACUUGGAUCCUAAUGCGUGGGAUACAUAUCCUCGAGUAAAGGCAUGGAGCUUGCAAAGAAUUAGGUAUGCAGGCAAGCAUGACCGAACUGAUUCCGGUGACUAUGGAAAACUAGGGGUAUGUAUAGUGUGUUAAUGUCCUACUAUAUUUGUUUUUGUGUGUGCGAGUUCAUUACAUAGGAUCUUUCGCUGAAAUAUUACAAGUAGGUGGGAAAUAUUCUGGGCAUUC